AUGACGACGACUCUUAGGCUUCUGAUGAGAUCCUUCACCGCGCAGGCAAGUUGCGGAGGGAGAUUGGCUGUGUCUCGCCGCAAUUUCUCUUCAUCCGCAAAGACGAACCGAGAAUGGCAUAGUAAACGGGAGAGAGAUCUUCAUGAAUUCUGGAGCGAGGUCAUCACACGGUCUGGGGCAUUUGUAAUAGGUCUUUUUGGCAUAGGUGAUACUGAUACAGCAGCGGAAGCCAAGGCUGAAAUUAACGAAAAGAAGGAAACUUAUGUGAGGGAUUCGUUGGAAUUUCUUGAAAGUGGUGAAAAAGAUACUUCAGAAUCAUCAGAGGCCUUGCUCAUGAAUAUCAAGUCCAAGCUUGGUAUGGAAGACAACACGGACGGGAUGAAGGACGAUGUGGCAUACCUCAAACGUGCCAUGGAAGUGCUUUUACAAAUCAAUAGAGUAGAUCCGGUCACACUUCAACCACCACUUACACGUACUGAAGAUGUCUCAUCUUCUCCAAGUCCUCACUCAUGA